ACCCUGUUUUAAAUGUCUGCUUUAUUUGUUCCUCUUACCAAUUGUCAACUGCCUCAAGAGCGGGAUGAGAGAUUUGGCCAUGUCAGUGGCAGGUUUGAAGCAACUACUUGAUCAGGAAACUUCAUUCAUACACGAACUAGAAGCCUAUUCAAAUGCUUUGCAGUUGAAGAUUAAUACAAUUGAAAGUUUCAUAGAUGAAGUGCGUUCCAAGAAGAUAGAAUGGGAGCAAAAUGCAGAAGAAUAUGUUGCUCAUCCCCUAAACAGUUUUUCGCUUAUAAGACGCAUGCAUGAGGAUUGGAGAUACUUUGAGCUGUACAUGUCAGAGCCAGUCGGCAAAGUUCACACCGAUAAUGUUAAGCGACUGUCUAAAGAAAUGGCCCCUCGCCAUGUGGACCUGGAUGACGCAAUGAUGGCUAUUAUACGUCUGCAAUAUUACUACGAAUUGGAUGCGGCAAAUCUAAUCAACGGUCUAAUCAAUGGCAGGCAAUACAAUUCCCAACUAACUGUGCUGGAAGCCUUUAGUAUGGCUCAAUUUUGCAUUAGACAGCGACUACAUGAGUACGCCAUCAAUUGGUUUAAGGAAUCGCUCAAACUAUAUGACAACAUUAAAAAUUACGAGCUGUGCGAGUUAGUUUAUAAUCUAACAGCGUCUAAGGUAUACGGAGAUUAUGCAAACUUGCUUUUAUACAAAGGAUAUAAUGUGGAUGCUUUAAAUUUGCUCAACAAAGUUGCCGACUUGAAUGUUGACCUUUGGCUAACACGAAGACCUGUGGAAGAGUCUGCUUUUUAUAUUAACGCUAGUCCCCAGUUUAUUAAGGAUUCUCGAUCUCCCGUGCAAACUGGUUGCGCUGACCAGUUUCCAGCUUCAACAAAAUUUACUUGUCAUUUCCAACGCGAUUUCUCGCAUUUUCUAAGAUUGGCGCCACUUAAAGUGGAAACCCUCAGCCUGGAUCCCUACGUGGUUAUAUUUCACGAUGUCAUUUACGAUAGGGAAAUUCAAGAGCUUAAGUCCAUAGAGUUAUCAACUUUAAGACACGAUCGUUCUGAAAAUCCUAAAAACUCCAUGAAAUACGUAACUUUGGAAAAGAAAAAGAAUGAUGUGCUCAACUACCGGAUUAAGGACAUGACGGGUAUGCAAAUAGGCAGGGACAAGGAUUUUUUGCUUAUGAACUAUGGUCUGGGUGGACAUAUUAAAUUGCAUUUAGAUGAACAACCGCUGGAACUUGUUGAUAGCGUGACGUCUAUAAUCUUUUUCCUGAGUGAUGUGACGCAAGGUGGCGCCACAGUAUUCCCGAAUCUUAGCAUCUCCGUCAAGCCUAUAAAAGGCACCGCUCUACUCUGGCACAAUAUGAACAAUAAGCUGAGUGAUGAUUAUAGGACUGAGCACACAUCAUGCCCAGUUCUAGUGGGAUCCAAGUGGACUCUCGUCAAAUGGCUUCACGGAGGAACACAAGUGUUGUCAUGAACCAUGUUCCAAGUUUUGAUAUUUUCAGAUUAAAAAU